UUUAACCCUUGCUUUGAACCCAAACGUAAAACCCCAAAGAAACUGUUCUUCCCAUUUAACCCAAAGUCAAAAACUUCAAGAUCCAACUCUGACCCACAGCUUCUAAUCGGAAAGUGGGAAAUUUUCAUUGGUUCUUUAAGAUGGUGGAUUUGUCAUGGUUGAGUGCCAUCCUAGUUGGGGCAGGCUGCCUUGCCUUGGGGUAUUGCGUUGGUAAGUGUCAUCCCACUUAUUUAUUUCUCUCAUCGAGAGGAACUACAGAUACUACAAUCUCUAAAUCAAAUAAGAAGAUCAAAGAACCCUUGGAAAUCGAAAAGUUGGCUGACAUUCUAGAGGAUUUUAAAAUGGUCCUGGUUGUAAGAAAUGAUCUUAAGAUGGGUAAAGGGAAAAUUGCCGCCCAGUGCAGUCAUGCAACUUUGGGUCUUUACAAAAAACUCCUACAUCGAGCACCAAAAUCAUUGAACAGGUGGGAGAUGUGUGCUCAGCCAAAGGUGGUGGUGAAAAUUGACAGCGAGAAAGAUAUGCUAUUUUUGCAAGAGAGGGCAAAAUCGCUAAAUAUACCAACGCAUAUCACCAUUGACGCAGGGAGAACUCAGAUCGCACCAAAUUCGAGGACGGUGAUGGCUAUUCUCGGACCUAUCGAAAUGGUGGAUGAUGUAACCGGCGGACUGAAGCUAUUGUAGCGGUUUUGUCCGAAAGGCCUCGGAUUCAAGAACUUUGAGGAGCAUCUAAUCUACAAAGUUAUGAUUAGUUUUGCUUGAAGAUAUUUCGUCCGAGAAACUUAUG